AUGACUGUGGUAAUAGACUCAAGCUCAACAACCACAAGAACCAGUACCACAACUGCAGCAAAUAAAAAGGGACCUUCGAGAACACAAGACAUUCCGUUCAAAGAUCGCAGCAUAUACUCGAGCCAUCAAAGCAACCCCACGUCACAACAUCAAUUUCAAUACCAACACUUGUACAAAUCACACUUUCGUUUCAAUAGGAACAGUCCAAAAAUGUCUCUAUUGCACCACCCACAACCAGCUACUUCACGUAAUAACGGCUCAUCCUUGCAGGAACAAAACGGCGCCAAAACUCCUAGACAUUAUGUACCCGAUGUGUCCACGAUCCCCAUAGUGACGCCUCGUCCAUCGAGCACCAACCUUCCGUUGUCAUCAAGACCAGUAGGUACUCCACAGCCACCGCCAGUGAUAACUCAGGAUAUGCGAGACCACACCAACCUACCCGAUGAAUUGCCAGUGGUUAAAUGCGUAGCCAGGGCGCGAAUCCCCACAACGCAUGGUCCAGAUAUCUUUUUGCAUUUGUAUGAAAACAACGUUGAUAAUAAGGAGCAUCUAGCUAUAGUGUUUGGUGAAGACAUUCGUUCCAGAUCUUUGUUCAAACAAAGACCAGGAGAAACUCAACAAGAUAGGAUGACAAGAGGGGCUUACGUGGGCAAGUUGACACCAGGAAGAACAAAUGCUGAUUACGAUAUUGACAACCAACGCCGAUUGAAGUUUGACGAGCACGGCAAUUUGAUCAUAGAUGAAUUCACGUAUUCAAGUCCCACAUUGGUUCGUAUCCAUUCCGAAUGUUACACUGGUGAAACCGCGUGGAGUGCAAGGUGUGAUUGUGGUGAACAAUUUGAUCAAGCGGGGAAAAUCAUGGGUGAAAAUGGACAUGGGUGUAUGGUUUACUUGAGACAAGAGGGUAGAGGAAUUGGUCUUGGUGAAAAAUUAAAAGCUUACAAUUUACAGGAUCUUGGUGCAGACACCGUCGAGGCAAAUUUGAUUUUGAGACAUCCGGCAGACGCUCGUAACUUCUCCCUAGCAACGGCGAUUUUGCUUGAUUUGGGACUAGUUGAAAUUAGAUUGUUGACCAAUAACCCCGAUAAGAUCAUAGCCGUAGAGGGUAAACACCAAGAAGUGAAAGUUAAAGAGAGAAUUCCCAUGAUUCCUUUGAGCUGGAGAGGUGGAAAUAAAGACGGUAACGGGAUUAACAGUAAGGAAAUCGAUGGAUAUUUGAGUACCAAAAUCGAAAGGAUGGGACAUCUUUUAGAAAAGCCAAUCAAGAUCAACCACGAAGCUGUUUAG